AUGCCAAGAUAUAAUCUCAUCUUCUCCAAAGAAAAAGAGAGAAAGAUAAAUUUAUCUUUCUCUCUUCUUCUUUUUCUUUGUGAGAAGAGACUAUAUUCUGUCUCUUUCUUUCUUUCUUUCUUUCUUUCUUUCUUUCUUUCUUUCUUUCUUUCUUUCUCGCUCUUCCUAUUUUCUUUAUUUUUUUCUUUUUUAGAUGAGACUAUACCUUACAGAUCUAUCUAUCUAUCUAUCUAUCUAUCUAUCUAUCUAUCUAUCUAUCUAUCUAUCUAUCACAAUACAAACAGACUGAGAUCUAUCUAUCUAUCUAUCUAUCUAUCUAUCUAUCUAUCUUCUGCUCUCCAUAGCUGGCGAAAGAGAAGGGAACCUAAGAGCUUACUUUUCAGCUUGUCUCUCUCUCUCUCUCUCUCUCUCUCUAUCGUCUCUUCCUCUCUAUCCAUAACCGGAUUCUUAUUCUUUUCUAUUUAUUCUUUUCUGUUUAUUCUGUUCUUCAGCUUAUUCAUUUAUUCUUAUUCUCUCUUAAUUCUAAUUAAAUUCUGUUUAUUCUGUUCUUCUGCAUAUUCUUUUAUUCUUAUUCUGUCUAGAUUCUUAUUCUUUUCUUUUUAUUCUUUUCUGUUUAUUCUGUUCUGCUUAUUCAUUUAUUCUUAUUCUCUCUUAAUUCUUAUUCUUUUCUGUUUAUCUGUUCUCUGCAUAUUCUUUUAUUCUUAUUCUCUCUUAAUUCCUAUUCUUUUAUUUUUAUGCUUUUCUGUUUAUUCUGUUCUUCUGCAUAUUCUUUUAUUCUUAUUCUGCCUAGAUUCCUAUUCUUUUCUAUUUAUUCUUUUCUGCUUAUUCUGUUCUUCUGCUUAUUCAUUUAUUCUUAUUCUCUCUUAA